CGCCGGCCCCACACGGGCUUCCCCGCGUCCUCGCCGCCGCCGUCGGUGCGGGAAGGAGCCACCGGGCUCCCGCCGCGCCUGCCGCACCAUGCCCCGGAUAGAUGCCGACCUCAAGCUCGACUUCAAGGAUGUCUUGCUCCGGCCCAAGCGCAGCAGCCUUAGGAGCCGAGCCGAGGUGGAUCUUGAGCGAACCUUCACGUUCCGUAACUCGAAGCAGACCUACUCGGGGAUUCCCAUCAUUGUGGCCAACAUGGACACCGUGGGCACGUUUGAGAUGGCAGCUGUGAUGUCACAGCACUCCAUGUUCACGGCAAUCCAUAAGCAUUACUCCCUGGACGACUGGAAGCUGUUUGCCACCAAUCACCCCGAGUGCCUGCAGCACGUGGCCGUGAGUUCGGGCAGUGGGCAGAGCGACCUGGACAAGAUGAGCAGCAUCCUGGAAGCUGUGCCCCAGGUGAAGUUCAUCUGCCUGGACGUGGCUAACGGGUACUCGGAACAUUUUGUGGAAUUCGUGAAACUUGUCCGAGCCAAGUUUCCUGAACACACCAUCAUGGCAGGGAACGUGGUGACCGGAGAGAUGGUGGAAGAGCUUAUUCUCUCUGGGGCCGACAUCAUCAAAGUGGGAGUUGGACCAGGUUCCGUGUGCACCACCCGCACCAAGACGGGGGUGGGCUACCCGCAGCUGAGCGCAGUGAUCGAGUGUGCGGACUCUGCACACGGCCUCAAGGGCCACAUCAUCUCUGAUGGAGGUUGCACGUGUCCAGGAGAUGUCGCCAAAGCGUUUGGAGCCGGAGCCGACUUCGUCAUGCUGGGCGGGAUGUUUUCCGGCCACACUGAGUGCGCGGGAGAAGUGAUCGAGAGAAACGGCCAGAAACUGAAGCUGUUCUACGGGAUGAGCUCAGAAACAGCCAUGAAGAAACACGCGGGAGGCGUGGCCGAGUACAGGGCGUCGGAGGGCAAGACUGUGGAAGUGCCUUACAAGGGGGAUGUGGAGAAUACGAUCCUAGACAUUCUUGGGGGGCUGAGAUCUACGUGCACCUACGUGGGGGCUGCCAAACUGAAGGAGCUCAGCCGGAGGGCAACGUUCAUCCGGGUGACCCAGCAGCACAACACCGUGUUCAGCUAACCUCCGCAGCGAGGGUCGUCAGCUCCGGGGGGAAGCUCCCGCAUGCACCUGCUGCUUCCUCCUGCUCCGGCAGUUUUGGGGUUCCUCCUGUGCCUUCUGGGGGCCCAGGGGAGGGCCCUGAGGGAGCCCAGCUGCCAAGAACUUCCUUGUUCAAGUCACCACCUGCACCCUUUUUCUUUUUUAAAAGAAAAUGGUUUCACUUUCA